UGCAGGGAGCAACAACAGCUUUGAUGGACCUUUGUGCCAGCAUGGAGCUGCUGAUGGAGAAAGGAAGAAAAUUGGAAUGAAGGAAAGGAAGACUGCUUCUGAGAGGAAAGAAAAGGUGCGACCUUGCAAACAGAUUUCAAUCUCGAGCACUGAUUCUUUAGAAGAUGACUAUACUGAGGAGAUCAGGAAUCGGACCCCAGUGAAGAGCCCUGAAAAACGGAAAGGUUUUGAGAAAGAGCGGUUGCUCAGCAGGAACACAGAAGGCUCAGAUCCCUGGAAUAGGGAGAGUAAAACCGCACACAGAGUUAGGAUUGACAAUGAAACAAGUGGCAGGACCACCAUAACGCUGAAGAAAAACUCUGAGGAAAAGAACAAAGGGAGAGGCAAAGCAGGAAGGCCUGAGGCCAAACCCAACCUGUCAGGCAGCAAGCCAACUGAGAACUCUGAGAAAAGGGAGAAAGCUGGGGAACCGCGAGGAAAGGGUCGCGGGAUCUUGGUCCUGCCUGCUAACACCGAUCUAUCGUCAACAGCACCGGGCUCUCCGGAUUCUCCACAGGUGGGGCCAAGGCUUCUGUUUGGGCGGAACUCACGGGGUCGAGGCCGUGGUGGGACAUCGCGGAGACUGUGGGAUCCCAAUAACCCUGAUCAGAAACCUGCCCUGAAGAGCCAGAGUGCUCAGCUCCAUUUCCUGGACACCGAUGAUGAAUGCAGCUCAUCGUCCCAAGGAGAAACCUACUCAUCCUAUACACACCCAACACCUGCAGCAUACUACAAAUUCCAGAACUCAGAUAAUCCGUAUGGUUACUCCAGAGCAGCGGUGCCAGGCCCUCAGUAUCCCUAUGGUCCUUACACAAUGCCAUACCAGAUCAGUGGCAAUAACAAUAUCUAUCCUGCAACAUAUUACCCGAGUUACACAGCUACCCAGUUUCUCUCCCCUUUCCAGGCUGGGCAGCUGAACCCAGAAGACAUGGAGCAGCAAGUACGGACCUUGCAGCAACAGGAACUUGGCAAGCUGCUGCGGAUGGCAGACAAUCAGGAGCUCCAACUGAGCAACUUGUUAUCCAGGGACAGCAUCAGUAAAGAAGGACUAGAGAGAAUGGCCCAGCUCAGGGCAGAGAUUCUGCUGCUGUAUGAGCGCUGCAUCCUGACUGACAUUGAAUAUUCGGACACCCAAAAUGUGGAACAGACGAUGUGGAAGAAUGCCUUUUAUCAGGUUAUCGAGAAGUUCCGGCAGAUGCUGAAAGAACCUUCCGGAGAGAAUGGUGAUGAAAUCAGAGGAAAGCUUUUGAGUUUACUGGAUGAGGGGACCAACUUCUUUGACAGCCUCCUGCACAAGCUGCAGAUUACGUACCAGUUUAAACUGGAUGACUACAUGGAUGGGAUGGCCAUCCGCAGCAAGCCGCUUCGCAAAGUGGUGAAGUAUGCACUGAUCAGUGCCCAACGAUGUAUGAUCUGUCAGGGAGACAUUUCCCGCUACAGGGAACAAGCCAAUGACACCACAAACUACGGCAAGGCUCGCAGUUGGUACUUGAAAGCACAGCAGAUUGCACCCAAAAAUGGACGGCCUUACAACCAGCUUGCUAUUCUAGCCAUCUACACGAGGCGGAAGCUGGAUGCUGUCUACUAUUACAUGCGGAGUCUUGCUGCCAGCAAUCCAAUUCUUACAGCUCGGGAGAGUCUGAUGAGCCUCUUCGAAGAAACCAAGAGGAAGGCUGAACAGGCUGAGUUAAAGAGACAGCAAGAAUCUGAACUCAGCCCAGGCCUCCGAGGCAAAGGCAGGAAACAGACAUUCCGGCAGGUUGGAGAAGACACCAGCCGGGUGGAGGUUUGGAUCCAUGCCACUCACCCUCACUCCUCUCUGGGAACUGAAUCGGGCAGAGAGGAUGGAACAUCAGAGCAGGAUGAGGAUCUUGGAAAUCUCUCUCCCAGUGAUCUGAAUAAAAGAUUUAUCCUGAAUUUCCUCCAUGCCCAAGGGAAGCUGUUCACAAAGAUAGGAAUGGAGACCUUUCCUUUAGUGGCUGCAAAUGUUCUGAAGGAGUUCCGAGCACUGCUUCAACAUAGCCCAUCCCCCAUUGGUAAUACACGCAUGCUGCAGCUCAUGGCUAUAAACAUGUUUGCUGUGCACCAUUCCCAGCUUAAAGAUUCUGGUUCAGAGAACUGCCGAUCAGUGAUACAGGAGCAUGCCACAGCACUGGGACUGGCCAUAUUCGGCUUGCUAGUGGAACGCUGCAUUGAACAGUUAAAGGAAACUGCUAGAGCCCGCUCAACUGAGGAGGAAGAUGAUGAUAUCAAAGUGUCCGCUUUCAGCUUUGACCUGAAAGAGCUGCUUCCCAGUGUGAAGGUGUGGUCUGAUUGGAUGUUGGGUCACCCAGAUGAGUGGAACCCGCCACCCAAGUCCCUCAUCCUGCCAAAAGAAAUUGCCAUCGAUGUGUGGGCCAUGCUGGCAGAGUUCUGCAACAUUUUCACAGCUGUCAACCAGUCAGAGGUACCGCUGUACAAGGACCCGGAUGAGGACCUCACCCUGCUGGUUCUCGAGGAGGACAAGAUCCUCUCAGGCUUUGUUCCUCUGCUGGCUGCCCCUCAGGACCCAUGCUACGUGGAGACAGCCGCAGAUAAGGUAAUAGCGGCUGACUGCAAAAGGGUCACAGUGCUAAAGUACUUCCUGGAAGCUCUGUGCGGCCAAGAAGAACCUCUGUUGGCAUUCAAGGGUGGAAAGUAUGUGUCAAUGGCACCCAUCCCAGACAGCCUGGGAAAGGAAGAUGGAAGCCAGCAGGGAAAACAACUGGAGGAUCAGGAAGAAGAUGUCAUCAUUGAAGAAUACGAAGGACAAAGCUCUGAGCCCGAUGGCAGUGAAGGGGAAGAUGAUAUAAAGGAAUUGAGGGCAAAAAAGCAAGCGCUAACUAAAAGAUUUGCCGAGCAGCAGCGCAGACAGGAAAAAAUCCAGGCAGUAUUAGAAGAUCAGACAUUCAAGAGACAGAUCGAGAUUGAGAUAACACCUGUCUUUCUAGUGCCAGACACCAAUGGAUUUAUUGAUCAUCUCCCCAGCCUGGUCAGACUGUUGGACUGUAAGCUGUACAUCAUCGUGGUUCCACUUAUUGUGAUAAAUGAGCUGGAUGGUCUGGCUAAAGGCCAGGACACAGACUACCACGGUGGAAACCAUGCCAAAUUGGUGCAGGAGAGAGCCAAGAAAGCCAUUGACUUCCUGGAGCAAAAGUUCGAAUCCCGUGACUCAUGUCUGCGGGCUCUUACCAGCAGAGGUAACGAGCUGGAGUCAAUUGCGUUCCGGAGUGAGGAUACAACCGGACAGCAGACAACAGCACGCUUGCUUUAA